AAUUGCAUUUGGACCAACAACGACAUGGGUUAUGUGCCAAAAAUCUACUCAAGCGGAGGGUUUUUCUUGUUAGCCUAUUAUCAUACCAAUAUUUAUCUGUAUGUAUAUUUAAUAUAUUUUAGUUUGUUAACCUUUAGCCUGCUAAAUUUCUAAAGAGGACUGGUCUAUCACUCGAUUUGGGCAGUACCAUUUAUUAUUUGGAGGGGAGAAUUUAGCGGCUGAAUAGCGAACAGUGCAGACCCUGAUCAGACUGCACGGAUGCGCAGGUUAAUCUUGGUCUGCACUGGUCGCAAAGACAGAACCACAUGUCGCAACCAGGCUAAAAGUUAAUGGAACGUCUUUCAAAAUAGUAUGUUUUCGGUUCUAUGAAACACCUUCUUUUUCAUGUAAACAUGUGACAAUUGUCAUGUCUCCUUCAUUUUUUACGUAAGAUUAAAUAUCUUGCUUUGACACAAAUACAACAACUUCUUAUCGAUAUUGAUUGUCAACACUUACUUCAGACUGAAUUCAUAGAAUCGCGAAUUGUCCAUUUCUCGGAAGACCGUCGUUGUUCAGCGUCAACAACUACGUUUGUUUUGUUUGCGGGUUUAGUCCAAGACAACAGGCAGCAAAAGCCAGACGCAUACGGACCUUCUAUAAAGAAACAGUGCGGGAGAGAUUGUAUUAAGCAUUAUGGAAUUAGCGAAGAACUUAUUGCAUUUUACUGUGGUGUCGUUUGUCGCAUUAGCUGUGAAAGGUUGUGGCCGUUUAAAGUGCUACAAGUGUAAUUCCCAGGAUUCGCCGAAUACUUGUGGCGAAAGUAACUUCGACCCCAAUGUUCACGCUGAUGAUGUUGUAAGUGGGAGCGUCUUGAGAAAUACUUUAAAUGGGGGUACCAGUUGUAUUCGAGGCUGGACUACGAAUGAAAAGGGCACUUAUUAUUACCGUGACAAAUCUAAUGUGAAACUAUGGGAUGGCUGUUCAACCCCAGCGUUGUGUGCCUGUAACGAAGACCUGUGUAACUCGAGGGGGUCGCGAGUGACGACGUCUCUGGUGACAACAUCUCUCUUAUUCUCUGUAUUAGGAACGGUGUUGAUGAAGAAGAUAAUAACAUGAAGAGAGAAUGAGGAAACGACAUAACAUUUGAUGAAUAUAAAUUAAGAAUUUAAUAAGUACAAUAUACAUAUCACAUUAGUAUCUGACUAUCAAUUUUAUAAAACAUAUAAUGAAUUCUGAUGAAACCCUUUACUACGUUACGUAAAACUCCGCAUUAAGUUUUGUCAGUAUUUGUCUUUGUUCAAUAAAUGUGUAAAAUAUCAA